AUGCAACCAGCACACACCACCUUCUUUAUGUCACUCUUUGUCCUGCUGUGUCUCCUGGGAAUCACGGCCAAUGGCUUUAUUGUGGCGGCUCUGAGCCGGGAAUGGAGGCGAUCCCGGAGACUGCCCCCCUCUGACAUGAUCCUCCUUAGCUUGAGUGCCUCCCGCUUCUGCUUGCAGUUGGUUGGAAUGGUGAACAGCUUCUACUACUUCCUGCACCUGGCGGAGUAUUCCGGUGGGCAUGCCCGACAACUCUUUGGUCUACCCUGGGACUUCCUGAACUCGGCCACCUUCUGGCUUGGCACCUGGCUCAGUGUCCUCUUCUGUUUGAAGAUUGCUAACAUCACCCACCCCACCUUCCUCUGGCUGAAGUGGAGGCUCCUAGGGUCAGUGGCCUGGCUCCUGCUGGGCUCUCUCCUGAUCUCCACCAUCGUCACCUUGCUGUUCUUUUGGGGGAACUAUGUUAUAUAUGAAGGAUUCUUACAUAGACACUUUAUGGUGAACAUGACCUACAAGGAAUGGAGCAGUAAGCUGGAAAUUCACUAUUUUCUGCCCCUUAAACUUGUCACGCUGUCAAUUCCCUGCUCUGUUUUUCUGGUCUCAACUGCUCUGUUGAUUAAUUCUCUGAGAAGACACACCCAGAGAAUGCAGCGAAAUAUUCCCAGCCUGCAAGACCCCAGUGCCCAGGCUCACACCAGAGCUCUGAAGUCACUCAUCUCCUUCCUUGUUCUUUACACUCUGUCCUUCAUGUCCCUGAUCAUUGGUGCCAUAGGCCUCAUCUCCUCAGAGAGUGAUUGGUACUGGCCCUGGAAAAUUAUACUGUAUCUGUGCACCUCUGUUCACCCCUUUAUCCUCAUCCUCAGCAACAUCAGGCUUCGAGGGGCACUAAGGCAGCUACUUCUUUUGGUCAGGGGCUUCUGGGUGGCAUAG